ACAACAACUCCAGUCUCGUAUCCAAUAAGUUCGUCGCGAAUUACUCAACACCAUAAGUUGCAAUUUCCAGUCCGAAUCACAACAUGCAACUCUCACUUCUAAGCGUCGUCGCCGUCGUAGCAUUCGCUAUGAACGUUGCUGCCGGUCCCGUGCCGGAGGAGCUUCUUCCACGAACAUGCUCUGGUGUCGGAACAUGUGGUAAACUCAUCUGCAAGGUGAAGAGUGGUUGUACCUGCGUCAACGAGGGUUGCCUCGAGGAAUCAAGCCGAAUCUGCACUUGCGCCUAGGUUUAAAACAGCGAAGGGUUGCAACAAAAGGCCGAUUGAGUUGCAAAAAGGGCCAGUAUAGAUGAUUCUUCCGGUCAAAUGGGGCUUCUGUCUUGUACAUAGGUGAAAU